UAAAAGAAAUUGACGUAGACGUAGAGACGAAGUGCGGUCUCAUUUGAAAGCGUGGGAAUUAUUAGAAUUGAAGGAUUUGCCAAAUCCAGCUAUGGUUAUGGAGGACGAAGAAUUCUCUAGGGCUGCUCCAAUCCAAUCUCCCCAUUGCGCCCUUUUCUCCGACGCCAUUACCAUGCCUGAUCACGAGAUAUCUCAAUAGCAUCGAUUCACGAACGAACACAGCCCAAUCAUCAGCACUAGAGGGUGUAAUAUCCUGCGUCUGCUGAAGAAAAGGAAGGUUGUUCAGUCUAGUAUCGAUGGCUACAGAUGUUCCUGAUGCCAAAUUAGUGCAGCAGAAAACCGGGCUAUUGAAAGAUCAAGUUCAGUUGGUUAAAAGAAAGGACUGUGAUCGAUACGAGAUUGCUCCAUUUCCUGAUAAUUUGUCGUUUGCAAAAGGUUUUUACAUUGUUGUUCGCGCGCUCCAGUUGUUGGCAGAGAAGAACGUUGGACUUGUGCUGAUUGGAUUGGCUGGACCCUCCGGUUCCGGGAAAACUGUGUUGGCUGAGAAGAUUCUCAACUUUAUUCCCAACAUUGCCAUCAUUUCUAUGGACAAUUACAAUGAUGCGAGUCGAAUAGUUGAUGGAAACUUCGAUGAUCCACGCCUGACGGACUACGAAACUUUGCUGAAGAACAUUCAUGACCUAAAGGCAGGGAAACAGGCUGAUGUCCCAAUAUACGAUUUUAAAACCAGCUCGCGCACCGGAUACAGGAAAGUCGAACUCCCUAGCUCCCGAAUUGUGAUCAUUGAGGGCAUAUAUGCUUUGAGCGAAAAACUGCGUCCUUUUCUGGAUCUUCGAGUAUCUGUAACUGGUGGCAUACAUUUUGAUCUCAUCAAAAGGGUUCUACGUGAUGUGAACCGUGCUGGACAGCAGCCCGAAGAAAUCAUUCAUCAAAUAUCCGAAACAGUAUAUCCAAUGUACAAAGCUUUUAUCGAGCCGGACCUCCAAUCUGCGCAUAUCAGAAUUAUCAACAAAUUCAAUCCAUUUACCGGAUUCCUUUGUCCUACAUAUAUCCUGAAGUCUCAAAGGACUGCGACUGUGGAGAAAAUAAAGUCUGUUAUGUCUGAAGAACACACCGAGUGCACUGAGCAGACUUACGACAUAUAUCUUUUACCUCCCGGCGAGGAUCCAGAAACUUGCCAUUCGUAUCUAAGGAUGAGGAACAAGGAUGGUAAAUACAAUCUUAUGUUUGAGGAAUGGGUUACGGAUCAUCCAUUUGUUAUAUCUCCGCGAAUAAGUUUCGAAGUUAGCGUACGCCUUCUUGGUGGAUUGAUGGCCUUGGGAUACACCAUUGCGUCGAUUCUCAAACGCCGCAGCCAUGUGUUUUGCGAUGAAAGGGUCUGCGUGAAGAUCGAUUGGGUCGAACAGCUGAACCAUCCUUAUAUUCAGGUGCAAGGAAGAGAUCGCGCUUCAGUAAAACACGUAGCCGAGCAGCUGGGAUUGGAAGGAUCGUACACUCCGCGCACUUAUAUCGAGCAAAUCCAAAUGGAGAAGGUCGUCGACGAGAUUCUGGUUUUACCAGAUGAUUUGAAAUCGAAGCUUUCUCUUGUCGAGAAUCUCUUCUCGAACCAGAAGGAAACACUUCCCCGAAUGCCGGCUAAAAAUCCGAAGAGUGGGAUGUCCCGAUCGUACUCAACAAACUUGGACAAAAACAUGUCGGAUAUAAAUAUUGGAUUCGACGACAGAACAACCGACUCGCCAUCAACACUCGUCUAUCAGCGAGCUUUGACGCAACUUUCCCAAGUUGUCUCGAAACUAAGCUACCGGAUGGACGAUUUUACCCUUCACAUCGAAGAGCUAACGAGCAACUUAAGUAGCAGUAGCUCCUCUCCCACCUCACUACUCGAUGAAUCCUUAUCGUCGCCAUCGUCCUUUAAAUCCGGCUCGGAAGAUGGAUCUCCGACUGGACAUCUUCUUCCUUCUCCAAAGACAUCUUCUUUGAACAAAGAGAUAUCGAGUUUAGUAAGAGGACAGCGGCAAGUUAUGCACCAGGUCGAAAACCUGUGCAAGCUUAUUCGCGAAAAAUUCGAAGAAGAGAAGAAGAGAAGCAAGAAAGAGGGUGAGAGUGAUCAUAGUAGUAUUGGUCAUAUAACAACAGGUGCAAUAUUUGCAUCAGUGGCUUUUGGAUUGCUUCUGGUUAAGGGUUCCUUCUCAAGAAAUUGAAAUUGAAGUUUCUAAGGUAAUAAUAAUAUAAUGCUUUUUGUUGAGUGAGUUACAUUCAAAUCAUCAAUUUUGAUGUUUUCCAUCUUUUGGUUCAAAUUUUGAUUUAACAUAAAUAUAUAUAUUACUUUUUCGUGUGUGACUGUUUUCUUAGUUAUUGUAGAUUGUGAGAAUUAAUGUUAUUUGAGUAGGCUAGUUUUAAUUAUUUUAUUAAAAAAAAAA